AUGGACACGAAGAAGAAGUUCGAGCUGGAGCGGGCGCUCGCGACCGAGAACCAGGCCGUCUCGGCGGGCAAGCUCAAGGAGGACAAUCCGCUCGACACCACCGAGACGUUCCGCCAGUUCUGCGAGGCAUGUCGGCGGGGUGACCUCAAGGUGUGCCAGGAAAUGAUCCAGGCGGGCGUCAAUGUCAACGCCCGCGACAGACAUGACUACACACCAUUGAUCCUUGCUAGUCUCUGCGGACACUACGAGGUCAUACAAUUGCUUCUGGAGAAUGGUGCGCUGUGUGAACGAGACACCUUCCAGGGCGAGCGCUGUCUGUACAACGCGCUCAACGAUCGGAUACGGAACCUCCUACUUUCCUACGACUACGCCAAAUCUUCGAACCCUCUGCAGCCGCUUGCCGCGCACAUUACCUCCCUCCUUACGCGGCCCGAACCAGUCACAGCCGAUCUCACCAUCGAGGCAUACGACCAAAGCUUCCAUGUGCACAAGUUUCUCCUCGCAGCUCGCUCGCCAUACUUUGCGAAGAAGCUCCGCGCGGCACCAAACACGACGACAUGGACCUUGCCACAAAACAUACCCAGCCGAUCGCUAGGCGUCGCAUUGCAGUACCUGUACUUCUCAGAGGUAUCGAUGCGGAGAGCAAUGCAUGGACUGAACGACGACGAAGAAACACACGCCUUGAAGGGCAUCGAUAAAAUCGGGCGCCAGUUGGAGAUGGACCGGCUGUUUGACGACAUUACAGAAGUAGCGGAUCGGCGGUUGCUCCGCCAGAAGCGAGCAGAAGAACUGAUUCGCGGUCGAGAUCAGCUCGAGACAUGGUUCAAGGAGCAUGUUCUGGACAACAAGCUCGAAGUCGAGACAGCCAACGUGGACAAUCUCAAGUGGGAUCGGGAUAACUCCAUCUACGCCGACAUCCUGCUUCGAGCAGACGACACCGAAGAAGACUACGAAUCCGAUGAGACGGAUGCCUCCCCUGGUCCCUCGGAGUCCUCAACACCACCCGCGUGCAGUAUCCUCGGACUUCCAGUCAAAUCUCGCUCUCCAUCUCGUUCCCGCAAGUCACGCAGAUCCACCAUUUACCCUGCACACAAAGCCAUGCUGCUCCGCUCAGAAUACUUUUCCACCAUGCUGAACUCGCACUUUCGCGAAGCCCAACAGACCCCCUAUCUCCAGAUCGUCACCCUUGACUGCUCUCCCAAGGUUCUCGAAACAAUCCUCACCUUCCUCUACACCGAACGCUCCGACUUUGGUCUCGACGUUGCCAUCGACGUGCUUUUCACGGCAGACCAGCUCUUCAUCGAGAAGCUGAAGCAGCGCGCUGCACUCAUCAUCUCCACGCUCGGCAACGGCAAUUCCUCGACCGUGGAAAGCGAAAACCCGAGAGGCGAGACAGACGCAGAAGAAGUCAUCGACAUCUACGAGGUCAUCCGGGCGGGCUGGGACACGCGCGUGCAGCGGUUAGAAGAGUUUGGAGCGCGAUACAUCGCGUACCGGUUGGAGAGCUACAUCGACACCCCCGAGUUUGCCGAGAUUGUGCAAGAGUCCGCCCGCAGAGUCAAGGGCCGGCAGGAAACCGAUACCGUCGAGCUCGUGGACGAUAUUCGGUAUUACCUUUCGGACCGGUUCCGGCUACGCUUCGAGGACAGCGGGUUGGAAGAGAUGAUGGAGCAGAGAGGAGACGCAGAUGCCAUUGCCGAGGCGAUGCAGGAUCUAGGCGUCAAAGAUGAAGGUGACGAAAACAAGAAUGAGUUGUCAGGGAAGGAGCUUGAAGAACAGUUUGCCGUGGGAGCCAUCCGCACGUUGGAUGGAGAGAUUGCCGGUGAUGAGUUGGCACAGGACGCGAUGAAUUACCAGAUCCUGCUGGCAAAGAUUGACCAGUUGUUGGAGAAUCUGAACCUGGACGCUUAGUUUAUAGACUGGCGUGCGUUGACUUGCAUAGAUGCCAUCUGCGAUAGAAGUACAUAUACAACAUGCAGACGACCACCAGUAAAUAGAUAUGGGUCACCCUAACGCAAUCGAAGUUCAUUAGCAGGUACAUGCUCGACAAUGCUGUCUACUACGACUCAAGCCGUCCUUCGUUGUGCAAGCGGAAUUCCGGACGGUGCUGUGAUCCCGUCUUGUAUCGUCUUUGGCUGUUUAGGGCCGCC